AUGACUGCCGGCACAAAGCGCUUGCUAAAAAGCUACUGCAGAUAUGUGUAUUAUGCGGGAGCCGGCAAUUUUUGGUACGAGAAUAUUUACCCGGAAACAGGCUGUUAUAAAAUUUACAAUGCCGUUUCGUUCACUAUAUACUUCGUUAUGAUACUGCUCGAGAACCUCGCAUUUCUGUUUGGCGAUUUUCCUGAUGUCGAAAAAAAUUCAUCCAUAAUGUUCUCCGCUAUUCACGAUAUUAUACUUGUCAAAAUGUUUCUUCUGCUUUAUCAUAAGAACUCUAUAAAGAAAUUGAAUUACGAAAUGGCAACCGUCAUGGAAACUAUUGAAGAGGAAAAGGUUAUGAAACAACAGCAAAGGAAAGUUAAAUGGGGAAUAACGUUUUAUGUUGUAACAGUGUAUCUGUCUUUGAUCGCUUAUGGGGUCGAAAGUUUUAGAAAGACAAUUGUUGAAGGAACCCCUUUCUACACCGUUGUCACCUACAUCCCUAAUUAUCAAGAUGAAUCUGUCAUUGCAAGUAUAUUGCGUGUAUUCUUCUACAUGACCUGGCUAUACAUGAUGCUGCCUAUGAUAUCAGCUGAUUGCAUGCCUAUCAUACAUCUCAUUACUAUUGCGUUUAAGUUCAUUACAUUAUGUCAACAUUAUGAGAAGAUGAGACGAGAAUUCGAUAAAAACGUGCUUAAUAUGAGAAACAAUGCAGCUACUAAGCUAUUAAAAACAGGAUUUAUAGAUGGAAUCCGGAUGCAUCAAAAAUUAAUGUAUCUUGCAGAUGAAAUACAUCGCGUAUUCGGAAUCAUAAUGUCGCUACAAGUUUGCGAAAGUUCGGCAGUGGCAGUUUUGCUUUUGCUACGCUUAGCGCUCUCUCCUUACCAGAACAUAACGAAUGCUUUCAUGACGUAUACGUUUGUGGGCUCACUGUUCUUUUUACUUGCGCUGAAUCUAUGGAAUGCUGGGGAAAUUACUUAUCAGGCUUCGCUACUAACAAACUCAAUGUUUUACUGCGGCUGGCAUCUAUGUCACAUGGACCGGCGAACUGAAAGCGACAUCAGACGUUUGGUCCUCAUCGGAUGCACGCAGUCGCAGAAGCCGCUGAUACUCAAGGCGUUUGGUAUUCAGGAUCUCUCCUACUCUACUUUUGUAUCUGUAGCAAGAAUGACGUAUUCGAUUUUCGCUGUAUUUUAUCAGCGCCGAGAGUGAAGAUGAAGUAGCGUCUAUUCUUAUAAAACAAAAUAUAUACACUUUGAAAUUUGUUCGACAUCUUUGAGCUUUUCAGUCUGUAACCAAAAAUAUAUUUGUAUUUAGUUUACCUAUUGAAUUCACAUGUGCAA